AGACAAAGGUAUUUCCAACUCUGUUAAAGCAACACUAAUAAAUUCUUCCCAAUUUCUUCAUCUUCAAUCUUCCAACUAUCCAUUUUUUUUCUCUACAAUUAAUUCCUCUACUCCUAGUGAGUGAGACUCAAAUCCUUCAUAAUUCUUACCCCUCUACUGCUUACUUUUUUGAUAUCUUGUAUCUUUAGUUACUAUAUUUCAGUUAUGGUAGUAUUUUUUAUUUAUUGUGUUAGUUGUUAAGUUUUUGAAUUUUACUAAAUUUGAAUUGAAGAUCUUUUAGAAAUAACUUCUCAAUAUCUAUAAAAUUAAUAAUAAAAUUUACUUAUAUUGUAUCCGUGAAUGGUAAAUUAAUUUAGUUGACUGUUGGUUCAGGGGUAUGUUAAUUAAUGUAUAUAGUGCUACAGGAAUCUCUUUGAUGGCGCAAUUUAAGGGAAGGCAUUAAAAGUGCGCCUUCCCUCUCUUUCAUUACCCACUUUUCUCUUAUAUCUCUUCAGACUCCAACUCUCCCCUUGUCAAUUUCAUUCAUUAAUUCCUCUGCUUUUCGAUUUCAUUUGCGAAUUUUUGAUAUUGUAUUAGCGAGAUGCUUACGUGCAUAGCUCGUUCGAAGCAAUCGAGCGAUGAUUCGUUUGAUCAUCCUGAAAAAUUCAAUCCGAAUGCUGCUCCGCCCAAUAAACAAUCCGUUAAAACACUUACUUCUCAGAUCAAGGACAUGGCAUUGAAAGCAUCAGGAGCAUACAAACAGUGUGGUCCAUGUGCCACUCACCCCUCCACUCUCCGAAAAAACGGAAGCCAAAACGACUCCGACUCCGAUAAAUUCCGUUGGUCUUAUAAAAGAACAGGGAGUUCGAGUUCCAGCUCCACGGCUGGGAGGAAGGAGCUGGAAGCCAGGCUUAAAGGAAUAUCAAGCGGGGAAGUUACGCCGGUAUCGGCGUCAGCUAGCGGCCGGCGAGCUGAACCGGUGGUGUUUGUUGAAGAAAGCGAGCCGAAAGAGUGGGUGGCUCAAGUCGAGCCGGGAGUUCUAAUCACUUUCGUUUCAUUACCACGUGGCGGCAAUGAUCUUAAACGGAUUCGAUUCAGUCGAGAAAUGUUUAAUAAAUACCAAGCUCAAAGAUGGUGGUCCGAGAAUUGUGAGAAGGUAAUGGAGCUUUAUAAUGUCCAAAGGUUGAAUCGUCAAGCUUUUCCCCUUCCAACGCCUCCAAGAUCAGAAGACGAGAGUUCAAAAAUCGAAUCGAUUGAAGACAGUCCUGUGACACCCCCGCUGACUAAAGAACGACUACCACGUACUUUGUUCCGUCCAAUGUAUUCAUCUUCAGACUCUCUUGAACUACAAUCCACCCAUUCUCGCUACAACUAUGACUCUUGUGGUGUCUCGUCAACUCCAAAACUCUCAAGCAUCAGUGGAACAAAGACAGAGAUAUCAUCAAUGGAUGCCUCUAUGAGGACUAGCACAUCAAGAGAUGCAGAUCGCUCUGGAGAGCUAUCUAUCAGCAAUGCCAGUGAUCUUGAAACAGAAUGGGUUGAGCAAGAUGAGCCGGGGGUUUACAUCACUAUACGAGCACUACCAGAUGGCAGACGAGAACUCAAACGUGUCAGAUUCAGCCGAGAAAAAUUUGGAGAAGUGCAUGCCAGGUUAUGGUGGGAGGAGAAUCGUGCUAGGAUACACAAACAAUACCUGGGAUGAUCGAUAACACUUGUUGCAAAUAUCACUACAUUUCCUGUUGAUUGCCAAUUAAGGAGGUGUUGCACUUCUUUGGCAAUGCUCAUAGUAUUCAUUAUUAUAUGUGGAGCCAGAGAUUAGUAUACAAAGAAGAAUCUAAGCUUUGUUACCUUUGAGAACAACCAUCUAGGUUGUUGACAUGUUCUUUCUUUCUUUGUUUUUGUUUAAUUUCCAUUGUCUAAAUUAUGGCAAGUAAAAAGGGGGAAGGGGGUGAAGAAACUAAAAUAUUUCUUUGGGUAUAAGAUUUUAAGGGUUGAGAAUUUUGAUGUUCAUUCCAAAAAAAAAGAAGAGAUUUUGAUGUUGGCUAUGCAAAAAUGUUAAUAUUCAAAGGGAAAGUCUCUUCUCUGUUUGCAA